AUGGCUUCCGACGAAAUCGUGUGGUCCGUCAUCGGCACCGACUUUUGCAGCUACAAGCUGAAGACGACCAAAGACCAGACCUUCUGUCGCAAUGAGCACAACGUCUCUGGCUUCUGCAGCAAGCAGUCCUGCCCGCUCGCAAACUCGCGCUAUGCCACGAUCCGCUCCGAUCCCAAGACGGGCGACCUCUACCUGUACAUCAAGGCCAUCGAGCGUGCUCACUUGCCGAACAAGUGGUGGGAGCGCAUAAAGCUGCCCAAGAACUACACUAAGGCCCUGGAAAUGGUCGACUCGCACCUGCAGUACUUUCCCAAGUUCCUCGUUCACAAGAACAAGCAGCGUCUGACCCGGUUGACCCAAGUCAACAUUCGCAUCCGCAAGCUGGCCAAGGAAGAUGAACGUCUCGGCGAAAGAUUGGUGCCCCGCCUCGCGCCCAAGGUCAGGAGGCGCGAAGAUGCACGAGAGAGGAAGGCGCUGGCCGCGGCAAAGGUCGAGCGCUCCAUUGAACGAGUCCUCAUUGAUCGUCUUCGCUCUGGUGCGUACGGUGACCGCCCAAUCAACGUUGAGCCGAAUGUGUGGAAGCGGGUCAUGAAGGGUCUUGAGAAGGAAGGCCAGCUUGAGCGUGAUGAGGAUCUGGACGACGGAGAGCAGUACGAAGACGAAGAGGAGAACGAGUAUGAGUAUGAGAACGGUGUCGGCCAAGUCGAGUACGUGAGCGACGUCGAAGGCGACUCGGACGACGAGAUGGAGGACUUCGAGGAUUGGGUUGGCGGCCAGAGUCCAGAUGAGGGCUCAGAGGGUGGCAGCGACGGCAGCGAGAGCGCAAGCGAAGACGAGGAUGAGUCUGACGGCGAGGAUAAUGCAGCUCUCAAAAAGGCACUCGCAAACCUCAAGAGGAAACGCCCCGCCGCACCUCCAUCUAAGCCAAAGAAGAAGUCUGCAAGGGAUCCCAAGGGAGCAAAGCGCGAGAUCGAGUACGAAAUCGAGAGAGAGCCUGCGGCGAGAGAGACUCUGCGCAACUAA